GUCCAGUCCCCCUAAUCCGGUCAAACAAAAGGGUUUAUAAACCUCGUACGUUCUCUCUCUCUCCCUGGGUUCGUAAUAAAACUCGUACAUAUUCGCUCUCCGGGGGUUCGUAAAGCUUCAGUGACGGAGGCCAUGCCUUCUUCCCCCAUUAAAGUCGAAACUUUAGCCCCGGAGGAAGAAGUGAGCUCAAGCAGCAGCAAAAAUGAUAGCAACUGCUCCACUUUCUUCGAUGUCCACGGCCCUCAAAGUAAAGCAGAGGUGGUUUUUAAGACAUCGGAAGCCAACACAACUCUGAAUUUGCAAGAGGUUCAAGAACUAGUGACGUGGGUGCUUGCUGAAGGAUUCAUGCCUUCAUGGGUUUUUAUUAAGAACAAGCCCCUCAUUCCCAAAGUGGUUAUGCUUUAUGUCCCAGGCCUGGACGCAGCAUUGUAUUUAUCACAUCAUCGACUUCUUAAGAGUCUCAAGGCAUUAUGUGGCAAGCCAAGGCCAGUUUUAGCUCUCAGUUGUAUGUCAGAUGGGAUGCAGACGAUUGAUGCACUCCUGAUGAGCAAAGUGAAAAGAAAGAGGGAAGAGAGUAGUUCAACUGUGGAGAAAUCUAACCUGGCGUCUAAACAAGAUAAUCUAUCUUCUGUGGAACUCAUGAAAGAUAUACCUUUCCCUAUUACAUUUUACACUCUUACAACAAAACAACUUGAAGAGAAUGGAUAUUGCUUCAAUUUGCCAGGUUUUCUUUCUACUCUUCUGGCCCCUUCAGGAUCGUCUCACUAUCAAAUGUUGGCACUUGAUUGUGAGAUGUGCGUCACAAGUGAGGGUUUUGAGCUAACAAGAGCAACGCUGGUGACUAUGAAAGGAGAUGUUGUGCUAGAUAAAUUGGUCAAACCAACAAAUCCUAUCACUGAUUAUAAUACCAGGUUUAGUGGAAUUACAAGUGAGAUGUUAGAGGGGGUGACUACAAGUCUUAAGGACAUCCAGGAGGACUUUCUAAAGCUGGUUUACAAGGAGACCAUCGUAGUGGGCCAUUCGUUGGAAAAUGACUUGUUAGCAUUAAAAAUCUCCCACAAUCUAGUGAUCGAUACUGCAGUGUUGUACAAGUACCCCCGUGGUAGGUCUUACAAACCUAAACUUCGUGAUCUUGCCCGGAAGUUUCUUUCUAAAGAGAUACAGCAGUCAGGGCUUGGCCAUGACAGUAUUGAAGAUGCAAGAGCUACUAUGGACCUGGCACUUUUAAAGAUUAGACAUGGACCCGACUUUGGUACAGCACCAUCACUGAUACGGAAAAGGCUCCUAACUGUUUUGAGUGAAAGCGGAAAGACAUCCUCUAUCAUUGAUGAUAUUUCCAUUGUGAAGCGUCAUGCCUCUGAAUUAUCCCAUGCAGUUCCUGUGUUCUCGGAUGAUGAAGCUCUUUCCAAAGCUCAAAAGGAGGCAAGGAAUGAGAAAGUGCAUUUCGUCUGGACCCAGUUUUCUGAAUUGAAUCGUUAUUUCACGAAACAAGCAGAAGAUGCGGAGAAAUUAGAUGGAAAAAUUGCUGAGUUGAUAUCCUUGCUUACAUGCCAUAAGAACUCUGGAAAUAAAAAAAGUAUCAGCUGCAGCUUAACGUCCGAACUAAAGGAAAUUCUUAUGCGACUGGAUACUAGAAUACGUACCUUGUAUGCCGCAUUGCCUGCUAAUGCCAUGCUUAUUGUCUGCACUGGUCAUGGAGAUAUAGCAACUGUCUCUAGAUUAAGGAAAAUGCUAUUGGAUCGUACUGAAACAACAAUGUGCCGGGAGAGCAUUGUAAAGGUAUUGGAAGAGCUCCAAGCCCAAGCUGAGGUAGCAUUGUGUUUUGUUGGUGUGAAGAGCUGAGCAUAGAAUAUCAAGGGCUUUUAAGGGUGACUUCCAGCAAGGAUUGGGUGAGGAGAGCUGGACAAAAUUGAGCUUUCCGGCUGCUUUUACCUGUUUGCUCGCAAGAGCAAGGCGGUUGGUGUCUUACAACGUCCAAGCAGCGUUACUGUCGGAAUGGUUAGUUGGGAGGCUUGGACAGAUAACAAAAACCAGGCAAACGUAAGGAAGAAUGUAUGGAAGAAAACAAAGUGAUCUCUUAAAAGAGGUGACGAGAAAUAGUAGAAAUGUCGGAGAGCAUUUAACUCGCUUAACUGCCGGAGGGAAGUCCUAACUGUAUUUUCUGAUCUUGUAAUUGACUUAUAUUGUUCACAAUUUUGACGAUCUAUCAUAUUUGAAAUUAAUUGUUUGAUGA